AUGUCUGGCGUAGCACGCAAUUCUUAUAAACUGUUUGUUGGUAAUCUACCAUGGACCAUUGGCCAAAAAGAAUUACAAUCAUAUUUUUCCAAUUUUGGUCACGUCGCAAAUGCCGCCGUUGUUUUUGAUAAACAGCUAGGCUUCUCAAAGGGAUAUGGUUUCGUAUCAUUUAGCAGUCGCGAUGGAUUUAAUAGUGCUUCUAAUAAAAAUACACAUUUCAUCGAAGGACGAGUACUCAAAGUGCAGCCAGCCAACUCUUAAGAAUAUUCUAAAAAGAAAUCGUCAUCUACAUAUGUACAUCUUCAAUUUUUAUCACUUGUAUUUAUUGAAAAAGUUCUUUAUUAAAAAUAUUUCGUAAAACUUUAUAAAAAGACAUA